AUGAAAAAACUGGCUGCUGGCCUAGCAACAAAGUCAAACAUAACUGAAAUUCUAAGUCAAAACGUAAAAACCGGCACAGAAAAAUUCACAUUUCUCAAUGGAGAUGUUUACGGAGGAGAAUACAAAUUAGUUUACGAACCAUUUCUUUUAGUGAAACAAGGUAAAGGAACGUAUGCCACUGAUAAUUUCGAUGUGUAUCACGGGGAAUGGGAUAACGAUACCUUUGCAACUAGUGAUAUUCACAUUAAGUAUAACAACGACGCUCAGUAUCGAGGUAAAAUCGAUUCAAACGGAGCAAUGAACGGCCUAGGAACCUACAUAUUUCCCGAUGGAUCCUCGAUCGAAGCUGAUUGGGUCGAUAACGUACCAUUUGCAAAUAUUAUUUUCAGGGAACCUCUUGGAUUCGCGUGGGUGGUCCAAGAUACGACAAAAGAUGUAAGAGAUAUAAAAUUAAAAAUUUUUAAAUUCAAAAAUUCAAAUUUAAAUGUAAAAGUUUAAAUUCAAGAAUUUAAUAUU